CUUCGUCUGCCUGUAUGUUAGGGAUGGUUUCAAACUCCUUUCAGUGCGCUGGGACAGUCGCCGGAAGCCUGCUCAUCUUAUACUUUUCCCAAGCUCAUGGGAUCCUUAAAAGCCAACAAAAUGCUGCUUUUCAACAAGAAAAUUACUGCCGUCGAAGCGUGCAAAAUAGGUCUGGUCACUGAAGUCUUUCAAGAUGCCAACUUCCAAAGUGAGGUGUGGCCAAAAAUUAAGGAAUGGUCCGAACUACCCAUCAACUCGUUAGUUUACAGCAAGCAAUUGAGUCGCCAGUUUGACACUGAAAUAUUGCACAAAGUUAAUAACGAUGCCGAAUGCGCGUUGCUGGAGCGUUGGCAAUCAGAAGACUGCAUGGAAGCCAUCAUGAAAUUCUUCAGUAAAAAUUCGAAAUGAAUCAAAUCCGUUUCUUAAUUCAGACAGAUUGUCUCUAAUGAAAGACGUCCUGGUAUAUGGGUAAAUGGUGGAAAGCUUUAAAAAUAUAUAUAUGAAUUGGUUA